AUGAAUUUCCUUCCCAAGGAUGAUUUUGAUCGCUUCGUCUUUUGCACUGGAUUUUCGUUAAUUGCUUUUAUUUUACAAAGUCUGUUUCUCAAAGGUCCUAAACUCAAUUUACCCAGAAUUGGAAAAUCUCCCCAUGGACUGUUUGGACUGGCAAAUACUAGAGCGGACUUCAUGAUCAAUGGAAAAAGCUUAGUAGAAGAGGGUUACAGGAAGGCAAGUGACCUAGUUGUACGUUUUGGCAGACUUAUUCGUUGUAAACUAACUGGGGUUUUACAGUACAAAAACUCAAUAUAUGUAGUCCAGACAGCAGAUAUGGAGCGGAUCAUCUUAUCGAGCAAAUAUGCCGACGAAUUGAGGGCGUAUCCAAAGGAGGUUUUAAGUAGUGUUGAUACACAGUGUGAAAGACAUCUUGCCUCGUGGAACACCUUGGACGUUGUAAAGAAAAGUGACCUUCAUGUUGACGUCUGUCGAGUCCAACUCAAUCAACAUCUAGGUAUUGUUCUCCGAACAUGCUUGAAAUAACAAAAGAAAUGCUAAGAAUCGUUCUUUAGGUCGUAUGACGGGGUGCUUAGCCGAAGAAGUUGAACACGCAAUAGCGAAUGAGCUCCCAGCUUGUCAAACCAGCGACGGUAAGUGAGAUAUGUGUCAACUUCAUAAUACGGGUAAAAUGCUAAUCCACAUCCAAUCUAGAGUUUGAAUAUGUUACAGCGAAUGCUAUGUUUAUGAAAGUUGUAUCACGGACGGUCAAUCGAGCUCUAGUCGGCUUCCCACUUUGUCGAAAUGAUACUUGGUUCAAGACGAGCAUGGCUUAUAUGGCGGAUGCAUUCGUUAUAUCCAGCACACUUCGACCACUUCCAUAUAUUUUGCGCCCUUUCAAGUUUAUGUUUCUGGGCGCUAGAACCAGCAUCAAAUCACACAUGGCUACAGCAAACAAACUCCUCAGUCCUUUAAUCAGUGAGCGAGUGCCAAACGACCCCAAACAUCAUGACGUUGUUCAAUGGAUGGUGGACGGUGCUAAAGGAAAGGACAAGAACCCCGAAGAGAUAACACACAAGAUUUUAUUUCUGUGCUUGGCAUCCAUGUCAUCGAGCACCAUGGGUAUUACUCAUGCUUUAUUCGACUUCUGCUCCAUGAGACAGUAUAUUGAGCCUAUGAGGGAGGAGAUUGCCCAGGCAAUUGCGGAGGAAGGCGGUUGGAAACUUUCUGCACUUCAGCGGAUGAGAAAGCUAGACAGUUUUCUCAAAUAAUCUCAACGUAUCAACCAUCCUGGACUUUGUAAGUAUAUCAUUUUACCAGCUUCGGAUGCCUUAGAGCCUUACUUGCCAUACUAGUAGUUAAGACUAAUUCAUUCCAGUUUCUUUCCAUCGAAAAGUCCUCCAGACAGUAAAAUUGUCAGACGGCAACGUUCUCCCAGCUGGGACUUUUAUCUCGAUGCCUACGUACUCAAUUGCCCGUGAUCCCGCCUUCUACGACUCGCCUUUAGACUUUGAACCCUUCCGAUAUUCUGAUAUAAGAGAAAGAGAUCCCAAGAAUACGAAUCGAUACCAGUUUACUAGCACUGAUCCAACCAACCUAGCCUUUGGCUAUGGUCAUUCCUCGUGUCCUGGCCGUGGGUUUGCUGCUGUUGAGAUGAAAUUAAUAUUAGGUCAUUUGAUUUACGAGUAUGAGUUUCAAUUCCCGAAUAAUCAAACUGAUCGCCCGGAUAACAUUCAUAUGGAUGAGAGGAUUUGGCCUUCACGCGAGCAGAAAAUUGGCUUCAGAAAAAGGCAAGGGGUUACACGAGAAAGUAACAAGUGAUAAAGGGGAUAGUUUGUAACUUAAUAUUCUUAUUGAUUAGUAAAUUAACGCUCA